UCAGUGGGAAAAGCUGGUAAAUGUCUGAGAUCAUGAGAUGGAAACAGUGCUGCUAACCCCAGGCUGAAGCAGGGAGGAGGGGAUUGAAACACAGCCAUUAAGCACACUUCCUUUGUAGAGAAAAGGAAACCACCCCUCUCUAACACAUUAAUCUGCUUCCAGUAAAGAGCAGCAGGAGAUCCAGUGUGAGAUACUCCGGGCACAUCUCACCGCACUGCCAGGAUGAGGCAACUGUGCCGCUUCGUGUUGCUGUGUCUGGCUGUCAUGGCUUCACUACAUGACAUAUCAGAAGGGAGGAGAGGAUCAUCAUCUUCAUCAUCUAGCAAAGGAACAUCUUCAUCAUCUAGCAAAGGAACAUCAACGUCUAGUAAAGGAACAUCAUCGUCUAGUAAAGGGACAACAUCUUCCAAGGGAACAAGCACAAAGGUCAACUAUCCCAGGCAACCUGCCGGUGGGAGUUAUCCAGCUGGAGGCCAGUAUCCAGGACGUGGAAGCUCAAAGCCUGGUGGAUACCCCAAUCAGAACCCUGCUGGUGGGAGUUAUCCAGCUGGAGGACAGUAUCCAGGACGUGGAGGCUCAAACCCUGGUGGAUACCCCAAUCAGAACCCUGCUGGUGGGAGUUAUCCAGCUGGAGGCCAGUAUCCAGGACGUGGAGGCUCAAACCCUGGUGGAUACCCCAAUCAGAACCCUGCUGGUGGGAGUUAUCCAGCUGGAGGCCAGUAUCCAGGACAUGGAGGCUCAAACCCUGGUGGAUACCCCAAUCAGAACCCUGCCGGUGGGAGUUAUCCAGCUGGAGGCCAGUAUCCAGGACAUGGAGGCUCAAACCCUGGUGGAUACCCCAAUCAGUACCCUGCUGGUGGUAGUUAUCCAGCUGGAGGCCAGUAUCCAGGACGUGGAGGCUCAAACCCUGGAGGAUACCCCAAUCAAAACCCUGCUGGUGGGAGUUAUCCAGCGGGAGGCCAGUAUCCUGGGCAAGGGGGCAGUAGUCCUGGAAGCUAUCCCAACCAGUACCCUGCUGCUGGUGGCUACCCAAAUCAGUCUCCAGGAAGAGGAGGUGUAAAUCCAGGAGGGUAUCCCAACCAGUACCCUGCAGGAGGAGGUUACCCAGCCGGUGGUCAGUACCCUGCAAGAGGUGGCAUAAAUCCAGGAGGGUAUCCCAAUCAGUACCCUGCAGGGGGAGGUUAUCCAGCCGGUGGUCAGUACCCUGCAAGAGGUGGCAUAAAUCCAGGAGGGUAUCCCAACCAGUACCCUGCAGGGGGAGGUUACCCAGCCGGUGGUCAGUACCCUGCAAGAGGUGGCGUAAAUCCAGGAGGGUCUUAUCCCAACUGGAACCCCAACAACAAGAUCCUUAGUCCUCGCUAUGGGGGAGGGUUUGGAGGCACUGGACACGGAAUCGGUGGUUCUCCCUUUUCACGGUCAGUGCAUAACAUGGGUUACGGCCCCUCACCAAAGUCCAAAGGUUUUGCAAAAAAGGCAAUGGUAGCAGCUGGAGUUGGAGCGGUUGCAGGGAUGGCAGUAGGUUAUGGCCUGGGACGCUUCCCAAAGCCCCACUUCAGCGUCAGCAGUCCACAAGAGGAGCGCUACUACAACCACUACAUGUACAAGCGCUAUGGCACCAAAUCUACCGACAAGAACGAUUACGGUCGAGACUAUGUCUACAAGCCACCACCUGAAGCACAGAGUUAUGAGAAAUACAUGGACACUUGCAUGAACAGAACUGACCUUCUACAAGAUCAGGACAAGAAGACCAGAAACUUUGAGAGAAAGAUCCCUCAAUCUCCUGCUCGCACUCUUAAUACCAGCAUUCUUCAGAGACCUGACCCUGCAGGUAGCAGCAUUGGGAACGUCCUAAAAGAUGAAUCUAUUUCUGGAUCUUCUGCACUUGAUACCGGCAGCCUUGAUAGACCUGACUCUGUGGGCGGUAGUGUUAACAGCCCCCAGAAAGACAGCGAAUCUCCUGCUCCUGCUAACGGCACUCUUGAUAGUGUUCUUGUGCCUGCUGGACUUCAGGAAAGUGAUGACGACACGGUGAGCAUCACAGAGAUUGGGUAUCCUGCACUCAUCCUGCAGAUGAAGGCUCGUAAGUGUGUGCAGUUGUACAUGGCGUAUUCCGAAGGCUUCCUUCAAAAGCAGACAGCCCCAAAAGAGUCAUCUGCCUCAAGUCCACGCCUACUGCUGAGCACUCUCAUCAUAUCCAUCAGCAGCGCCCUCUUGCUGCAGUAAAAGCAAGGACAUGGCUUGAGCUUCAUUCACACAGCAUGUUGUCCCAAAAUGUUUCUAAAUUAAAAGUAAAAAAAAUUAUCUGUGAUCUCAUUGCCACACAUACACUUUAAAAGAGAUGAAAAGCAUUUUUUGUGGAGAAAACCACGUAAAACCAUUAGCAUUUGUGAAAUGUAAGGAUAUUAAAAAAGAUCUAAUCUUUUUCCGAAUCAGUUGGUUCAUUUGAUUAAAUCUCCCAAAAGCCCCACUUUUCAUCAAUAAGUUUCUCACUAAAUCUGAUUAAAUCUUCUACUAAAUCUUUUUAAUGUGACCCAUAUCUGGUAUUGAUCUGAACAGUCUGCACGGUGUAACCAAUGCAGCAUUGAGUAAGGCUUCACUUUUACAUUACAUUACAUUACAUUACAUUUCAUUUGGCAGACGCUUUUGUCCAAAGCGACUUACAAUAAUGAAGUACAAAAGUAAUAGGAAUUUAGAUAACCCAUUUUUAAAAGGGCUUAAAGGAGGUCGAAGGGAAAUAAAGGGAUAGAGAAGGAAAUGGGGUUAGAAGUAGUUAGUGUGUUAGAGGUGUUAGGGGAGUAAGUGCUCUUUGAAGAGCUCUGUCUUCAGGAGUCUCUUAAAGAUAGCGAGAGAUUCUCCUGAUCUGGUAGUAGAAGGUAGUUUGUUCCACCAUUGGGGAACUCUGUAUGAGAACAGUCUGGAUUGCUUUGUGUGAGUGUUUGGCAAAGCGAGGCGACGUACAUUGGAGGAGCGCAGCGGCCGCGAGGUAGCGUAAGCCUACACUUAAAGUGUUGGUUCUACUGAAUGAGUUCAGGCUGUAGAUGCUGAUCAGCGAAAAUACACUUGAGGCUCGCUGUAAAAAAAGAGCUCAUUAUUUAGCCACAGCCAACUUUUAGGCCAUGUCCUGUGGCUGCAGUCAUCCAUGUCAUUAGAAACACUGAGUGGUUGCGACACAAUUCUGUAACCUAAUUUUCUAACUAUUCUUGGAGGGUUCGAACCUUAGACCACUGGACCACUCAGCGCCGAUUUGGGCCACUUUUACCUGCUGUGUGAGGUUCUUCUGGUUCCUCUGUUUGCUCAGCCUCAGUCUUGCGCUACGUGUCCAUGUAACAUUUCACUUCAACGCAUUUCCUAUUCAUUCCAACGUGGAGAGCUGUCGCAUGCUCAUCCAGCAUCAGUACUGCAGUGCUAGCAUACCGGCUUCAUGUGUUGUCCAGCAUCGCUAACGCAGCUUUAUUAUGUGGGCUACUGACCUCAUCUCACAUCGCUACCAUUGUGUAAGCAUGUUUGCUAGCCAGUGUGCUAAUGCUGCAGCAGUGAUGUUGGGUGAGGCUGUUUGACUGCAACCAAAGUCAGCUCACUCUGCUACAAUCAAUGCAACGUGACCAUGUGCUUAUUUCCAGUCAUGCAAGAGCUGCCUUCCAUCUUUUUAAAUGGGUAGACACCAAAAUAGUGGAAAUCUAACAUCAGAUUACCAUUUUAGACACAUAUUUUAAAUCACGGAUAAAAUCAGAAUAAAAACAAGAUUUUUCGGCUUGGUAUUACUAUUGCGCUUAUGCAGAUCUCACAGUGAAUGGGGAUGGGGUUUCCAGCUCAUUUUUUUCAAAAGGGAGGACUUUAUCCUUAUAUUGACGCCAUGAUUAGGGGUAUGAGAACUCCCAGUUAAUAUUGCAGUCAGUGGCUGAUCUUCUCAUUAAUAAUCUGAGUCUCUGCUUCAUCUCUCAUCAUUACUAAUAUAUUAGCAGACUGGCUAUUUCUCUUAGCAUUGUUGCAGAGAGAGAGAGAGAGAGAGAGAGAGAGAGAGAGAAUGUAUUUGAAUUAGAAUUACUAUCAACUGUGUCUUCUUAAAGAUUAACUGUACUUUCCUCAGUAAUUAAAGACUUGCACUAA